AUGCCUCCAAAACGCACAAGAAAAACCACCUCAGCAGCAAAAAACCCACCAUCUCCCCCACUGUCUGAGAAGAAUGCCACGACAACACACGCACCCAAGGCCGAGGCCGAGGCCAAACCUGAGCCCGAGCUGGAGCCCACUGACCAUGCCAGCCCACCCAGCUCCCAACUAAGCGAGGAGAUAACAGACACCGUCCCCUUCGACUCAGAUGAAGAAAUGCCAGAGGAAACCGAACACACCAUCGCCGAAGAAGCAGCCAAACAGAAAAAAGCCGGCUACGCAGGCGGAUACAACGCCCUCAAGUCAUUCAAGGGACAGGUAUACUCCGGAAUGGCAGUAGGCGGCUCCCACACCUGGACCUACGACGCAGGAACCUGGAAAGAAACCAAGGAGGAGCCUGAUCUCUGGCGGAUCGACUAUCGCACCAACAAGCGGCGAGCGCGCAAGGCGCCAGAGGGGAGCGGCGCCCCCGUCGGAACAGAGUACCACUGGCUGAUCGUGGCGCAUCAGCAUGUGAAGAAGGUGGAUGCGAACACGUACGAGACGCAUUUGACGGGCUCAAAGUACAAGCUGGCGUAUAAGUCUGCGUCGUCGAACUCGUGGUCGAUUCCGACGGUGAAGAGGCAGCGCGAGAGGGAGGCGGAGCUGCUUGAGGAUGCGAAGCAGAGGGUUCAAGGGCUGCCGCCGGUGUUGGCGGCUGAGAAGGUUAAAGUGGAGAAGCAUGAGAAGGGGCAGCAGAGGCUGGAUAGCAUGUUUACCAAGGCUGGAGGUGCGGAUUCGGGAUCGAAGAAGAGGAAGAUUGAUACGACUUAG